CGCGGAGGCGUGUGCCGCGAGAGGCUGAGGAAGCGGGAUGGCGGGUACCGGGCUCGUGGCUGGCGAGGCGGUGGUGGACGCCCUGCCGUACUUCGAUCAGGGUUACGAAGCACCUGGCGUGCGGGAGGCGGCUGCUGCUUUGGUAGAGGAGGAAACUCGUCGGUACCGGCCAACCAAGAACUAUCUGAGUUACCUGCCUGCUCCGGAUUACUCAGCCUUUGAGACUGACAUUAUGAGAAAUGAAUUUGAAAGAUUGGCUGCCCGACAACCAAUUGAAUUGCUUAGCAUGAAACGAUAUGAGCUUCCAGCUCCCUCCUCUGGGCAGAAAAAUGAUAUCACUGCAUGGCAGGAAUGUGUAAACAAUUCAAUGGCCCAACUGGAGCAUCAGGCAGUGCGCAUUGAAAACCUGGAGUUGAUGUCACAACAUGGUUGCAAUGCCUGGAAAGUAUAUAAUGAAAAUCUAGUUCAUAUGAUUGAACAAGCCCAGAAGGAGCUGCAAAAGUUAAGAAAACAUAUUCAAGACUUAAACUGGCAGAGGAAGAACAUGCAACUCACGGCUGGGUCUAAAUUACGAGAAAUGGAGUCAACUUGGGUCUCUCUCGUCAGUAAAAAUUAUGAGAUUGAACGGACUAUUGUACAGCUAGAAAACGAAAUCUUCCAAAUCAAGCAACAGCAUGGGGAGGCAAACAAAGAAAACAUCCAGCAGGAUUUCUGAAAAAAUGGACUUUUGGGAAGGGAGAGAAGGGCAUCUUAGGAAUCUCAAGGCAUCAGGAAGUUGAAUGAUCCUCAGAUCAUGGUAAGAACCUACUGAGGGAGUGAUAAUGACCUGAAUAGCCUGGCUGAAUGCUUAGGAGUAAGAUGGAAACUUAGGAACUGUGCAGAGUGCAUGAAUUGAUGGUUCUUUGUACUAUAUUUAAUUCUAUUUGUAUAUUUCCUUGACAAAUAAAUUUUUACCUUGAAAAAAUUUUUAUAACUUGAA